AUGAGCUCGUAUCUUGCUCUUCUUUCGCACGGGUUCGUCCGCGGCUACGCCGAGGCAAUCGAGCUUAUCGUGCCGGCGCUGGUCAUGCUGCUCAUCGGGGUCAUCAAGAACAGCAUUAGUCCCAAGGAGCUCCCAGCGGGGACGCCUGCCACCGACACCCCCGUCGUCACCUACGAGGCCCUGCAGAACACCACCGUCUCCCCCAACGUCCUCUGCUACGACAACAACGUGUUCCAUAGGUGCGGGUGCCACAGGAGCACCGAUGACUAUGAACCCCCAGAAUCCUACGUCUCGGGUGCCGCCAUUACAUUUACCGCAGCGGCUAUCUGGGCUACCCAACAUGACUCGGACACUCUCUUGAGCCACUGCCAACUGGCGCUCGGCGCUGUGGCCUCUCUCACGGACGACGCUCUGUGCACCGGUACUAAGUUCAUCCGGCUGAUGUGCGACUCCGACGAGUUUCGAAUGCUCGGCCUCGUCCUCGACGAGGCCCCGGAGAUCGACGAGUCGUGCGGGGACGGCACCACCGACAGCCUGGACACCUCGGGGCAGGGCUACGUGACCGUGAUGCAGGACGCGGUGGCUCUGAUGGCGGCCGACUCGGACCUGUCCAUCCCGGCCGCCGAGAUCGACUCCGUGUGCGAGAGGCUGACUUUCGCCGUUAUGCCGGCCGACGACGGGGCAGCCGCCGACGAGGCCGCCGACUUCUACGACUACGUCACCGAAGCCUUCCCCGACACGCAGAGCCACUGGAUCAGCUACGACUCGGAGUCGGAGUUCCUGGACAUCAUCGGCGAGGGAGACUACUCUCAAGACGCAUUCGACGACCGGCCCGCCUUCGUGGCGGGGAUCGUCUUCACCUCCGGCAGCCCGGACUGGGCGUACACGAUCCGCGCCAACAUCACCAAGAGCGGGACGGACUCUGACUCGUACUACAUGUUCAACGUCCCCGAAACGGAAUCUCCGACGGAGAACAACUGCAAGUCUCCCACUGACUGCCCCGAGGAUGACGAGGGGCGCGAGAACUUUUCGUGGGCUGCGCUCUACCACCAGUCACACGUGCUGAUGCUGCAGCAGCUCGUCGACAACCGUAUCAUGUCUAUUGAGGGGUCCACCGCCACCCCCCCCGUCGUGCGCAUCACGGAGUUCCCGAACGCGGCGUAUGAAGAAGACGGGUUCUGGUCUCAGGUGGGCGCCAUGUUCGCCAUCCUGGUGGUGAUCGCGGUGCUCUACCCCAUCGCCAACGUCAUCAGCGCCCUCGUGAAGGAGAAGGAGCUGCGCAUCAAGGAAGGGCUGAAGAUGAUGGGCCUCACGGACGCCGCCCACACGGCCUCCUGGGUGUUCCACUUCGUGUGCCUCUUCUUCUUCACGUCCUUGAUCAUGGUGCUCGCCUCGGGAAGCCUUUUCGAGUUCAGUGACCCUGUCCUGGUGUUCAUUUACUUCUUCCUGUUCUUCAUGGCGAGUACGGCCUUCUGCUUCUUCAUCUCGGCCUUCUUCAGUCGCGCCAAGACGGCUUCGACUAUCGGAACCAUGCUGUUCUUCGUGGCCCUGUUCCCGUACUUCUCCGUCCAAAGCGACGACACCUCGGCGGACGACCGGCGCCUGGCGUGCCUCCUCCCGCCGACCUGUCUGGCACUCGGCACCGUUGCCUUCUCGGAGUUUGAGGACUCGGGGGAGGGGGUGACCGCGGACACCGCGGGAGAGAGCGAGGAUGGUUUCACGUUUAACGACGUCCUCGGGAUGCUGUUCCUCGACAUACUAAUUUUCUCCGCCCUGGCGUGGUACGCCGGACACGUGCUGCCGUCAGAGUGGGGCACGGCCAAAAAGCCUUGGUUCUUCUUGACCGCGAACUACUGGUGCCCCGGCAAAGGCACGGAGUCUGCCCUCAAGGACAACCUCCAAGAGCUGGAGCACUUCGAGAGCGAGGGCCGUGACUCGGUCGAGCCCGUCGAGGACGAGCUGCGGUCGCAGGUGGCGGCCGGGGAGUGCGUCGCCAUCCGGGGGCUUACCAAGGAGUACAAGAACUCUACGGGGGGCUCGAAGCUGGCCGUUGACAAGCUGGACCUCACCAUGUAUUCGGGACAGAUCACGGCUCUCCUCGGCCACAACGGCGCCGGAAAGACGACCACAAUCGGCAUGUUGACGGGCAUGAUCCCGGUAACUUCGGGGAGCGCUUUCGUGGCCGGCCGCGAUGUGAACACGGACAUGGUCAGCAUCCGGAACUCCCUGGGCGUGUGCCCUCAGCACGACAUCCUGUACCCGGACCUGACCGUGAGGGAGCACCUGCGCAUGUACGCGGUGCUCAAGUCCGUGCCGAGCUCCGAGCUGCAGGAGGCGAUCACGAACACUCUUAACGACGUGGGCCUGACCGAGAAGGAGAAUGAGCUGACCACGACUCUGUCCGGCGGGCAAAAGCGCAAAUUGUCCGUGGGCAUCGCCCUGAUCGGCGGGUCUAAGGUGGUCUUCUUGGACGAGCCUACGUCGGGGAUGGACCCUCACAGCCGACGCUUCACGUGGGACCUGAUCCGCAAGAACCGGGAGGGCCGCGUGAUCGUCCUGACUACCCACUUCAUGGACGAGGCGGACCUGCUGGGCGACCGCGUGGCCAUCAUGGCCGACGGCGCGCUCCGUUGCUGCGGCAGCUCCAUCUUCCUCAAGAACCACUACGGCGUCGGGUACAACCUCACGAUCGUUCGGGAGAUCCAGGGAGCUGAGUCUGACAUGAAGCCCGCGUUCGAAAGCGGCACGAGCGCAGAGGGGAAGAUCGACGAGGACAUCGGCGUAAACAACACGGCGGCUCAGGAGGCGGGCGUAAAGCCGAUCAAGCGCCUGGUGCGGUCGCACGUGAAGGCCGCCACCCUCCUCAGCAACGUGGGCGCCGAGGUGUCGUUCCAGCUGCCCAACGACGCCUCGCCCUCGUUCCAGGGCAUGCUCACGGAGAUAGACUCGCGGAAGGCCGAGCUCGGCGUCAACAGGGCACGGUCGAAGAUCCUCGGACGACGGGUGACGUCAUCCAAGGCGAUUUCGCGGACUGCACCCUGGGAGAUCUUGGCUAGACUGCGUCGUCUUCGAAUGAUGACCUCAUCAUCCUGGCUGAUUACAGGCGAACGGGGAUACAAUAGAGAGAGAUGGAUCCUCCGACCGUCCGAUAGAUCUCCGCGUUCAAUCUUGCUUUGGGGUGUGGGAUAG